AUGCCUUACAAUGCCCGAGUAGAAGUUCUCCCAGAGCCAGUCAGUCGCGGUGGACUCGACGACCCCAGAGCUGCAGAACAGCCGUCCUUUGGGACACGAAUGUCAUGUCGAGAUGCAACAGAUUUUCUCUGCAACAUCGCAGAAAUCUCGCCGCUAGAGCUGAGAUACCGCAAAGCGCGCCAUAUACACAUAGCAGAUAGCGAAGCCCAGACAAAACUUGAUCAGAUUCUCUCUCGUUCAAGGGAGAUUAGACUGCCUGCAACUGAACAGAAGCUCUUAUCCGAUCUCGUCCCAGGACUGGUUGUAACUGGUGGGUUGAGCCGCUCGCCUGCAUUUGAUUGUCUACCCGUUGUGUCUCAUUGGGGUGAGCGAACGGGUGAAUCCUCAGCACCAGAUCCUGCCGCUACCAUUAGACUUUCUUCAACGUGGGAAGCCACUCAUGUAGUUGCAGAAGGAGCCACUAUGCAAUGUCCGCUUGGAGCACCCUCGUGGGUAUUGAAGACCCACGGCAUUUCCCCUCUACAUACGGAAUCUAGCAAAUUUUCCCAAAUCUACUCAGCGGAAACGAAAACUUUGACUACGACUGUUGCCUUGGCUCGUCGAAUCGAUACCCCUCGAACCGGAGGAGUUCUGGGCGCCGCUACCGAUAUUUCUCGAGUACGCAACGCACGCGUUGCAGACGCUGUUGAUUGCGCCAUGGGAAUGCUCUCAGAUGCUGCAGAGCUCUUGGCUGCGCGGAAUAAAGUGAUCGAGACAGGUAUCACAGAGCGUCUCGUGUUUGCCGAGGUACAUGAAGCGAUCAUACCAACCUGGUGCUCCGUCCGAAAGCCUCUCCCUCCAAAGUUGAGCGGAGUGGCACUUUCAACUGACCAGGCUACCAUUGACGUCCUCGCGAGGGAGGAUUGCGAAGGCCCACUACUUAACACCAGCAUCUUCUCGAUGGCGGUUGGUUAUAACCGCGGUGUUUAUGGCGGGUCAAUAUCUGGCUUAUGGGCGAUAAUGGACUCGGGUUUCGUCCUUGAUUACUCGAUUGGCAAGGAUAGUGCUGCAAUGGCGGGGAAAUUAGCUUCCACAUUUUCUGAAGUGGCUGCUAUUGCUGAAGCGUCUGUCUCUGCCGGCGAGCAUAUCACUGACAUUCGAGUUGUCAAGGGUUGCAACUACUCAUGCUUACGACAAAAGACUAUUAUCGAGGAUACCGAUCCGGGUCGCUCCCGCCCGUGUAUAGUUAUAUGGAACGAUCUUGCCCGAUUGGCCCGUUAUAAGCUCGCGGAUGCCGUGUUUUGUCACGUUUACUACGAUGGUGGUGGCGGUGAGCAGAUGGCGGCGAUGGCCGGCCUGGGAUGCGUGGUACACGACUGGAUUGAUUUGGGAGCAGAUAUAGCAUGUGGUGAGAUUAGCAACAUCAUUCCGACGCUUACAGGAGGGUCGUUGGAGGAAGAGCCACUGGCCGAGGUGUACUCGCGUUUUAUGGGGGCGAUAAUAUGGUAUCGCGAUAACGACCCCUUCAAUCCUGCCGCUUUGUGCAUUUUAUUUACACAUUGGUGGCAGCUUGCAAACUGUCGCCAUAGACCCAUUUCCCUCCUUGGUCGAACUGACCUUGACACUGUGAGCAGAGGUAUUCUUCCCACGGUCCCGCAAGAAAGGCCAUCAUUGGAGCACUUCCGAGCCGGUGGUACCAAGAUCGAGCGUAGUGAGCGUGCCCUCAUCAAUGCUGAGGCGCGGCUUCAAUCUAUUGUUUCCUCGAACCCGUUGCCGGAAACUCGAAGUGUUGUUGAACUCCUUGUCAAUCCAGUGAUUGCGUAUGUAAGAGGGGGAAAUAGUCUACCCUUUGAAAGCGAAUUCGUUGGAGCUGUCCUCGCGGCUGAGAUAGCCUUGCCCCAGGGACAGAAAAUCAUGGAGUUGUGGGACCUUAGUAUUGUCAUGUGGGAGUCCGGGGCCAUGUGGGCAACGGGGAUCGCUAGCCUUUGCUAUACUCACACCGGAAAAUUCAAUUGUGACAGGGCUCGUGAUGACUUAUCGGGAACUACCUGGAGCUAA